GCCAAUCUCAAAUUUGAUGGAUCGUAUAAACACUAAUCACAAUCACUUAAAUUAUGGGCUAAACAAUUUAUUCACUGAUUAGAGCUCAUAAAUUCACUUCAUUUAAAUUAAAGUACUAUUCCCACUAAACAUCAAGAUGAAAGUUGUUUAUAUCAUUCGAAAAUUAACGGUUAACUUUAUUUUUCAAUUAUUUGUUAAUUCCAUAACACUAUAUGCUACAUACGGACAGAUUCAAAUGGAGUUAACUGAUUCGAGUGGAAUGAAUUCUGGGAUGGGAUAUACUAAUGUCGUGCCUGGUGAUUCUAUUCAAGUUACUCAAAUGGGUCCAAAUGCAAUAACUACAUCUGAUUCAUCUCAAGUACCAACACCUGUUCAAAGUACAGUUUCUGUAAGUGCAGAAAAUGUAGGUGGUGAAGAUUUUGCAGCUGGAACUCGAAACUCAAAUAUCCAACCAGCAUCUUCAGUUGUUGGAAUCUUCCCAUCAUAUCGUCCGCAAUAUGGAUUUCCAGGUUAUUUUCCAACUGUUCCCCCAGGGAAAGGAAUUGUACCCGGUAUCAACUCACCAUCAGACAACAUAAUUGUUGCUUCUUUCCCUGGGGGUACUCCAUCUGUCACACAGCCAGGAAAUGCUGGAUUUCCAGGUGGAGUUUUACCAGUUACACCAGGAGUAAAAUCAGGUUCUUCAGUUUCUCCAACUGCCACACUUACUCAGCAAACUGUAGAAUCUGUUUUGUCAUACCUAGCCUUACAUCAUCCGGAAAUAUUUCGUAAAUAUUUAUAUCCUAAGCCCUAUCAAAGGCCGUACAUCGGUAGUUAUGUUCCAAGAUGGUUGAGAGAAAUUCCACCUCCGUACAAAUAUGGUGAUGAUGGAGUCAACCAGCCAUAUGGGGACGCCUAUCAACCUGAUCCUUAUGAUUACUAUGAUCCAGUUGAUUCAGACCUACACUAUUGGCCAAGAAGAAAGAAACUAUUGGGUGGGCUAAGACGUAGGAGACGAUACAACAUAUAUAGACGUUUUACCUAAAAACAAAUUUAGUAGUACUUUUUGAGCGUAUACUUUAAAAUAUGUGCACAAUAAAACCGCUGUAUUCAGUGUACUCGCUACUCGUUGCGUUACUGCAGUUGACUCGUUUUCUUCUCUUCCCCUCAUGGCUAUAAUUGCUUUUAUGUUUCUCCGAACUUUUCGUUCUGUUUUGUGUCUGUGAAUAUGUGUUUUGUCUUUUAAUUCUUGCUGGGCAGUGUAAAAUUUGUUGGUUCUUUUUGCACUUCUAUUUAUCAAGUUAGUCAGGUGAGUAUCUAAAUUUUAAUAGUCGUUCCUUUUACCCAAGCCGUUAAUUUCCAGAGUAAAACACCCUGGUGGCUCAAAGUCUGUUGUUCAAACUGAUGAUAGCGUUAGUAUGUUGUUCCAGUAAUUUUCAGACGUGUCAUAUUCCAUGAUCAGUUUUAAUAGGUCUUAACUCGGUAUUAGACCGAAAAACUCUAUUUUUAUGUUGGGAUUUUGUUGCCAAAUUCGUAGGUGUUAUCCGGUAUUUCGGGUGUUCCCAGUGGUGAAUAAUUGUCUUCAAUAUGGCAGACCAAAUAUGUCAUUAAUAAAAAUAGUAAUAGAGAUUAGAUAAACUUUGUAAAAUUUUUCUGCUACCGUUCUCACACCAUCACCGUCUUAUCCAGUAAUAUGAGGUUUGGUAAUUAUCCAAUAUCGUAUUUUAAAAAUCAAUGUUAAAGGACCCUCUCAAUUUGUUAGCAGGUGUAGAGUGCUUUUAGUUGCCAGGUUGUCUGAGUACGUAACCAGUUUAACUAUUGUCAGUUUUGUGUAUUUAGCAUUCAGCAUAUUACUUGCAAGUAUCUACGUUUUUAGGUAGUUCCUAAGAUCACGAUCUCUCAAAAAAUGGCAUUUAGUUGUAUCUAUUUCCCGUCGUACUAUGGUUAUGUUAAUCGUACGUACGCCUACAAGUCUCCUUUGUCUUAAGGCUAGAGACCUCGGACUCUCAGCUUACGCGAAAGAAGUUAUUUUCAGGCGUAUAUCUGUUUAGGACUGUAUAAUAAGUUUUGCUCAUAUCAUGUUUACCAGAAGGAACAGCACAAAAUUUCUAUUUUCAAUACGCAAGUGUUUGUGCCAGUAUCCUCGAACUCCACUUUAAUCAUACAUAGAACGUUCGGCCCAUGAGCUCUUUUAUUAUUAGAUUUGCUUCCGAUUUCCAAAGUCUUCA